GUCAGAUCCAAAUCAAACCAGAGCAAACGUAAACGAAAUGAAGCACUGAGAUCUCGAACUUCAUAUCACACCUCAACUCUCGAUCUCAGCCGUCCAUUCAGCCUCAAUCCCAGAUCUAGUGUUUCGCUUUCGUCACCUGAAUUCCGCUCAAUUCUUUCAUGCUUUGUUAACACAUUGAGUAGCUCCAUGGAUCCACAGCCUUCCCUCUCGGGAAGGUCCUUGUCUCGGAUUGAAUCCGCCACUCAUUCUAGAACGUCGUCCUCCUUGUCGAAAUUCAACAAAUCUAUCUCCGAUGCCACAAUCCAAAGCCUCUCGUCGAUUCUCAACAACCCUAACGUCGGGUCGGAUCCUUCCUGGGGCGGGUGGUGGUCCUCUUCCACGUUCAUUUCUCCUCCCGAAUUCGCGCCGUUAGCUCCUAACACGAAAAUCUCCUCUGACCUGACGCGAUCGGAUUUCCAACCUUAUUUGUCGACAAUUUCCGAAUCGUAUCACCGAUUCGAAGACAUUCGUAACCACGCGAGCAAGGAGAGCAUCGAUUUGGAGAGUAUCGGCGGGCAAGGUGAGGCGUUGGUGGCGUGUUUACGGGAAGUUCCGGCGCUGUAUUUUAAAGAGGAUUUCGCGUUGUCGGAGGGAGCGACCUUUCGAGCAGCGUGUCCGUUUUCUAACGUGACGGAGAACAUUGUCUUGCAAGAGAAGCUUUCGCAAUAUUUGGAUGUUGUGGAGUUGCAUUUGGUGAAGGAGAUUUCGUUGCGUUCGAAUUCGUUCUUCGAGGCGCAGGGGCAGUUACAGGAUUUGAACGUGAAGAUUGUGGAGGGGUGUAGUAGAAUUCGAGCAUUGAAGGAGACGAUUCGGCUUUUGGAUACCGAUUUGGUGGAGUCUGCGAGGCAGAUUCAGGAGUUGAAUGGUACAAGGAGUAAUUUGUUGGCUUUGCAGCAGAAAUUGAGACUUAUCUUGGAUGUUAACCAGGCUGUAUCUACACUUAAACUGCUUGUUGCAUCCGCAGAUUGUGCUGGAGCUCUGGAUGUCACUGAUGAUUUGCAGACUUUGCUGGAUGGGGAUGAGCUUACUGGUUUGCAUUGUUUUCGUCAUCUUCGGGAUCAUGUAGCAAAUUCAAUAGAUUCAAUUAACAGCAUUCUUUCGGCAGAGUUUAUGCAUGCUGCAAUAGACGAUGCUCGAGAUACUGAUGUGGCUAUUUUAUCCAAAGCAAAAGCUAGAGCAUCUAUUUCCUCAAAUGGGAAGGAUGAUGAAAAGGUUACAUUGGAUGAGGAAGAAACAUCUAAUUUUCGAGAUAGGCUUCUCCCUCUUGUCAUUGGGUUGCUCAGAACAGCUAAGUUGCCCUCUGUUUUGAGGAUAUAUCGUGACACGCUAACUGCGGAUAUGAAAACUGCUAUUAAGACUGCUGUGGCAGAGCUGCUUCCCAUUCUUGUUGCUCAACCUCUGGAUUCGAAUUUCUCUUCUGGAGAUCGUACAGUGGAUGCAGAUGGUGGAGGCUCAUCGCUUGCAAGCAAGUUGAGGAGUCUGACAUCUGAAAGCUUUGUUCAACUUUUGGGUGCUAUUUUCCUGAUUGUUCGGGCACAUUUGAUGCGGGCUGCUGAAGUGAAAAAGGCAAUUGAGUGGAUUAUGUGCAACAUUGAUGAUCAUUAUGCUGCCGAUUCAGUUGCUGCUGCAAUUGCAGUCGGUGCUGCAGCCGCAGAAACAGCUCAAGAUACCUCUGUUCAAGGUGGCUCACUUACGUAUUCACCUCUAAGAAAUGCUGCCAAGAUCCCUUCAUUUCAGGGAAAAGCGAAUGAUGCAGCCAGCCCUACAAAUAUGACAAGAAAUUUCAGAGCUGACGUAUUGAGAGAAAACACGGAAGCUGUCUUUGCUGCAUGUGAUGCUGCUCAUGGAAGAUGGGCAAAGCUCCUUGGAGUCCGUGUACUUCUGCAUCCUAGGUUGAAAUUGCAGGAAUUCUUGAGCAUAUACAACAUCACCCAAGAGUUUAUAACUGCUACAGAGAAGAUUGGUGGAAGGUUGGGAUAUAGCAUUCGAGGAACACUGCAGUCACAAGCCAAAGCCUAUGUUGACUUCCAGCAUGAAUCUCGAAUGACAAAAAUCAAGGCGGUACUUGACCAAGAAACAUGGGCGGAAGUAGAUGUUCCUGAUGAAUUUCAGGCCAUUGUAACUUCAUUAUUUUGCUUUGAAGAAUUGGUUUCUGAUAGUAUGGAUGAUGUCCAAGGUAAUAUAACAACAAACUACAGUGAAGUAGCCACAAACAAUGACAGUGGACCACAAAAUGAUCAGCAAAUUGGACGGACAGAUUCAAGUGAAAUAUCUCAACCAAAUAAUCCCCAUUUGAAAUCUAAAUCUUCAGCUGAGGCAAUUGAAAGAAAUAAAGCAGAUUCCAGGUCGCCCCCUGUUCAGAGUAACAAUAGUAACUUGAAGGAGCGUGGAAAAUCUGCAUCUCAAACCCUUACCUAUGGAGGUGUUGGUUAUCACAUGGUAAACUGUGGCUUAAUAUUGGUGAAGAUGUUGUCAGAGUACAUUGAUAUGAAUAACUAUUUGCCUGCACUCUCUUCGGAAGUUGUUCAUCGUGUUGUGGAGAUUUUAAAAUUUUUCAAUACCAGGACUUGUCAGCUUGUUCUUGGUGCUGGUGCUAUGCAGGUGUCUGGUUUGAAGUCUAUUACCUCUAAACAUCUGGCCCUAGCAAGUCAAGUUAUCAGUUUUACUUAUGCAAUUAUUCCUGCUAUCAGGCAAAUUCUCUUCCUAAAAGUACCUGAGACGCGGAAGGCAUUGCUUUUAUCAGAGAUUGACAGAGUAGCUCAGGAUUACAAGGUUCACCGGGAUGAAAUACAUACAAAGCUGGUUCAAAUAAUGAGAGAAAGGCUAUUAGUUCACCUGCGUGGAUUGCCUCAGAUUGUUGAGAGCUGGAACAGACCUGAGGAUGCUGAUUCACAACCAAGUCAAUUUGCUAGAUCACUUACAAAGGAAGUGGGCUACCUUCAACGUGUCUUAUCUCGAACUUUACAUGAGGUUGAUGUUCAAGCAAUUUUCAGGCAAGUAGUUGUAAUCUUCCAUUCACAAAUUUCAGAAUCAUUUUUGCGCUUAGAGAUCAACACUCCACAAGCAAAGGGAAGGCUGCAUCGCGAUAUCAAACAUAUUCUAGGAUGCAUUCGAUCAUUGCCUUCUGAUAUUUCAAGUGAUUCUGGUGUCCCUAAUUGGGGACAACUUGAUGAAUUCUUGGCGCAAAGAUUUGGAGCUGAAGCUAGCUGACAAAUUUUGUUGUAGAGUAGAAAAUUGAUUGCUUCUUUGAUGAAGGCUAACCAGAUUUUGGAGGGAACAAAAGGGGAUGUCAGAACCAAUUCUCUGCCUAUGCACUUUCCAUGUAGAGUUAAUUUGAGGUGUUCUGAUUACCCCCAGGCUGAAGGGUAUAUCACAUUCAUAUGUUUCGCAAAAGAAUUGUAUUUAACCACAAGUUUUGUAGAGGCACACUAUAUAUACAAAGUGUGUGACAAAUAGAACCAUUUCUGUUUUGUUCCCUUAUUUGUGUAGUUCUUUUUUGGGUUGAAGAUGGGACCAUUUUAUUUUCCCCGAUCAAAAGAACAAAAACAAACGCAUAGUUUGAUGGUUAAAUUUGAUCAUUUUGGGGGGAAUUGUUAAUUGUUAAUUGUAUCACUAUCUGUUAUUACUAUUACAUCAGCCAAGGUUACUCAAAUUUCAGAGCUAGUAAUUUUCC